UUUACCAUUUAAAAUAAUUUCUUUCAUUGCAAAAUUUUAGAUAUUAUCUUGCGAUAGCAUUAAGAGUUUUACAAUACAGACCAUUAAAUGCUUUUAAUUAUAUACAACGUAACUUCUUUUAUAUCUGACUCAGAGAAUUCUUCGAGAUGAACAGGAGCAGGAAAUGUCUCUUUAGGUAUACAUCCUUUAGGAACUUAGUUUUCCUUUGAUUCUCAUUGACCAACUUAAAGGGACCAGGAAGAAUUCCAAUUAUUAUGAUCCUCUAAUCGACAAUUGUUAAUAAGAUUUCGGAAUCUAUGCAUUUCCACGGGAGAUCCUGUAACAACAGGCCUGUUACCUUCAGAGAUUACAGACUUACUAUGUAGAGUAUUGGCUUAAGUUUCUCAAAGCUGCCCAAUUUGGACUUAGUUUUAGCAUUACAUAAUUCAAAGAACUAAAAAAAAUAUUAUAAGGGAAGGCGUGCUACCUUCGUACGAUUCAAACUUCGGACAAUCAUUUUUUUUCUAUGACUCAUGGUUCUGUUCAGGUAGUUUGAAGCAUUGGACUAACUAUUUAAAAUCUGAAAAUAAUUUUAUAAUAUUAGUAAAAUUCGUAAAAAAACAUAUUAAAAAAAUGAGUCGUCCGAAGUUAGCGUGCUUUUCCCUAGCCCUAGUUUUUUUCCGGAGAUCUCGUGGAGCAGUUGGUAGGUGCGUCUGUCUGAUCUUUGGUGGUGAGAUCCCUAGCUCGACUCUCACAGUUCUAUUCAUAUUCCACCUAGUGUAAAGAACUGCCUGUUUGAAGGGGGAGAUACUUACAUGUUAUGCAAUAUGCAAUGCAAAAAAUGAAUCGUACUGCAGAGGGGAGUUCCUAGGCAGUCUACGUAGGACUUAUCAAAUUCUUAUAAUACAGGAUAUCAGAUUUAAAAAAAAAAUGAUUACAUUCCUUUAUGGUCUCGUAUUGUUCCAAAGAGAAAGUGAGAUAUUGAAAAUUUUAAUUUAUUUCGGAAAUUUGAUUCAAAAUUCCUGCAUAUCUCAACUUCAGCACCAAAUCGAAUUUACAUGUAAUCCCUCACGAUAAGAAUCUCACAUACAAAAAGCUGAUCUAGCAUCUAGGUUUCUCGUUAGUUUUCUCUUUGACGAAUAAAAAUUAAUUGAUAGAUAAUUUCAAAAUAUGUAAAAAUAAAUAUAGAAUUGUAAAAUUCAAUAUAAUGUACAAAUAUUAGAAAAGUGAGAUGCCACACAUUCGGAUCGGUCGGAUCCUUUAAUAAGGAUCCUUAGCGUGGCGAUCCUGGCUUAAAAAUACAAGUUAAAACCCCUAUUUUUAAUUUACUGAUCAUGGUGCAGCGAAUAUCGAUGAUCUCAAUUAAAAUCUAAAAGUGCGUCUCUUAAAAAUUUAACUUAAAAUAAAAAUAAUAUAUUUGAAACAUUCAGAUUCAGAAUAUCGGCUUCUUCAGACCUGUCCUUUAUGACAGGUCCUUUAUGACUUUAUAUCACAAAAUGCUUGAUUAGGUAUGAUUCUGUCCUAAUGACUCUUGCUUUUAUUUUUUAUAAAUUUUUUCUGGAAAAACAUUUUGGCUUAGUGAAUUAGCAAGUUUGGUAAGUAAAGAAUUAAAGUUGAUCAGUUUAAAAUGGCAAAAAAGAACUUUUUAUUUUUUGACAAUAAUUAGCAAUAAUGUUUCAAUAUUUGCCAGGAUUCUGUAGAAUUUGUAAGUUAUGGAUUAACCUUAUUAAGAAAUUAUAUAUAUAUUCCAGUAAUAAUAUCUUUAGUAAUCCUCCGGUGGCAAGACAAUUAUGUCUAGAUUAUUGUAACUGAUGAUUUAAUUAUUAACUUUAAGUUUGUUUUUAAUUUACAGGAUUAUGCUACAAAACUUUUUACCAAAUUAAGUAGUUUAGGCUAGUUUAUUUUUAAAUUUUGUCACCAGAAACAAUCGAUAGUAUCCGUAUUUAUCUACUCUACAAUGACUACAGCUCUUAUUUUCUCCGUUCAGCACGAUGAAACAUUCUUCUUCAGAUGAAUGGAAUGAAAGCAGUGACGAAUGUUGCACGGUGUUGUGCUUGAGAGAAGACGGACUUCCGUUUAGCACAGAUUGAGCAACAGUUUUCGGGGCGGACUCUCGCUCGGAUGACGUUAUCGUGAAAUGUGCAGGUAUUUCGAGAAUCUCACAAAGAGACCAUAUAGGAGGAACUCUGCGGGUUCGGAAACGCCGGCAUUUAUCAUCUUCGCGCCACUCCACAUUUCACAAGUCUCUCCACGAAAAAUAAGAAAAAGAAUUAAGAGAAAAAAAAACAGAUCGUGGCCGAGAGGCAAUCCGAUGGACCCCACCAUGAGCCACUGACGACGUCACUCAUGGAAGUCCAACUUCAUCACUCUUGGUCUUGGUGGAGACUCACCAGGGCUGGAGCGAUGGUGACGAGGAGAAACCCGAAGCGACUGCCUGCCCAGAAAUGAAUGUGUGAAAUACGCGCAAUUCCAACUUCGCAGUUAGUUGAAUUUCGCUGCUUCACAGUGAAACAUGCUCAUGAGUGCCGCGAGAUUUUCCAUUCACUCAGCAUUCGCUCCACACCUCAAUUGAGAGCUACUCCAGCAACUCUACAAGACAUUCUUCUCAGUGUUUUGUGUGCGUGCGAUCGAAAAAAUCCUACUUCUUUUAACUUAUUUGCUGGAUUAUCCCUUAAGUUUUGUGAUAAGUGAUACACCAAUCCCUUAUGUGCUUUCACAGUGAUAUAUAGAGUCUGUUAUAGGAGGAAUAUCUCAAGUGAUAGUUAACCGAAUAGAGAGAAAUUUCUCUGCAAAAGCCCACACAGCAAAAAGUGACUCUUUUGGAUUAUCACACCCAUUUACUUUUUGGCCAUACCCCGAGGAUAUUAACAGCAAAAUCAGACAGAUCACAUUUGGAUAUAAUAAUUUGGAUUAAGUGGAAAUCGGGGCAGUUUUUCCGUUUUCGUUAAACAACUCUGCACAUACUUAUGGAAUUAUUGUGAGGAAAAAAGAUGGCCCGUUAUGAUACCAAUUGGAAAAUAGGUGCAUUGCUUCUUAUUGUUCUCGUCAUUUUCACGGAAUUAGCAGUUAAUGAAGUUGCAGCCAGUAAAGAUCUCUUGACCGCAUGUCAGCAUUUACGACGGGCUGAAUCACGUCGAUCCCGGGCCCUUAGUGAACAAGGGGGUAAACCCGUUCGAGUUCCAAGAUGCACAGAAGCUGGAGCAUUUGAACCUGUUCAGUGUUCCAAUGAUAUCACUGGUACAGAAUGCUGGUGUGUGGAUGAGUAUGGAGUUGAGAUUGUGGGUACAAGGAGAGAUAGUGAGAAAGAAGUUGAUUGUCAAGCUGUGAGUCGGCAGUGUUCAGCUUCUUCAUGUCGAAUGUACUGUCCAGCUGGAUUUGCGCGUGAUGCUCGCAGUGGGUGUCCAGUGUGUCAGUGUCGCGACCCAUGCGAGGGCAUAACUUGCCCUGGUUCCCUUUCGUGUCACCCACAGGAAGUACAGUGCAGCAAUGAACCAUGCCCGCCGGUGCCCACGUGCAAGAAGGCGCGAAGUCUCGCGGAAAUGUGCCCUGUGGGUCAGCCACUGAGUAUUGCCGGAACUAUUAGGCCCUUCCUCUGUGGUACAGACCCAGGCAAGCCUUCGUGUCCGCCACUGUAUAAGUGUCUAGUGCAGUUGGGCAACGACUACGGGGUAUGUUGUCCUGCAUCUCUCAAGUAUGAGAAACCCGGCCAGUGUCCUGGUGUCAAUCACCAGGAAAUUUCCCCGGCAGCUGGACUGGUUUGUGGAAUACCCUGUGGGCAUGAUCUUGAAUGUCCUCAGCUGCAGAAGUGCUGCCAAACAAAUGGAUGUGGGACUAACUGCCAGCAACCAUUUAAUGUAACUGCGUGCCAUCAAGCGAGAAUGCUAUCGGAGUUGCUGUCUGUGAAUGAACGCGAGGGGAAAGGUUACAUACCCCAGUGUGAUGGACCCGGUGGCCUUUUCUCCACCAAGCAGUGCUCUCGCAAUGGAUUGGUCUGCUGGUGCGUAGAUUCCAAGACUGGACACAAGAUUAAAGGCACAAUGGGAGCUGCAAGUCUCGUUGAUUGCGACGGUGUCGAAAACCUCAUUGCACGAUCUUCAGGACGGAGCGUUGAUGCUCCUCAGGGCUGCGAUCACAAUAUUUGUGCCGCUGUCUGUGAAUAUGGAUUUAAAAAUGAUCAUAACGGCUGUCCAACGUGCGAAUGUUCAGAACCGUGUGAGGGGUAUCGUUGCCCCAUGGGAUCACACUGCGAAGUAGCUAAGGAUCCUGAAUGUAUCUCGGGAUCUUCAUUAUGUGCCUCUGAGCCUAUCUGCAAACCCGAUCUAGCAUAUUCUAAUCCUUGCGAGGAGGGUACUCCUCUAGCUGACAAUGUCACAGGGGAGGUAUUCUUUUGUCGCCUGGACUCCAUCAACACAGAUGAAUUCCAAACCCAAUCUUUCUUCGAUGCUGCACCAGAAGAGAGCUAUGGUCGAGCGAUGACUAACUACAUUGCCUGCCCGAAGGACUAUCAAUGCACAAAAUUGCAUAAGGAAGCCAACAAUGUGUGCUGUCCUCAGACACUCCAGGUGUCAGCCACGAAAGAAGAGAUCCAAAUUGAUAGACAGCAAACGAUGUGUGAGUAUCUUCGUGAUUUCUCCGAACGGAUGGAAGGCACGGAGGAGGGCAUGGUGAUGGCUCUCUCGAGUCCUGCAUGUGACAAGGAGGGAAUGUACAUCCCUCGCCAGUGUAUCACCAAGACGGUGAAAGUGUCUCUGUCGGAGCAGAAACGACUCCUUGAGGAGCAUAAUGUGCGUCAAAUGAAGAUGCUCCUGUCUCGCCCAAGAAGGCAUUCUUCCACAGAAGAGGUAAAACUUGUCAAUAUGGAUCAAGCCACAGAAUCUCUGCGUGCUCUUCAGGAUCUCAAUAUUAGAAAUCUCGUGGAUUUCUUGCGACAGAAAAUCCUCAAUCCUACCACACAUCCCGAAGAGCUCUAUUUUGCCGAGAUGAUCCUAAAUAAUCAAGAUAUGGGUCUCGAAGGGCGUACUGCCAAAGUGAUUGAUUUCUCACAGCCAAAAUCCCAAUCGGUGUCAGAUGAGAAAAAUUUGUUCAGCUUCGACAAGCCCAAGCGCAAAUCCACUCCUCCAGCUGACAAUCAACUGGUUGAAAUGCAGAUGGAGGAGUGCUGGUGUGUUGAUGGAUUUGGCACAGAGAUUCCUCGUACCAGGGCUUACAAUACUAGUUUGGAAGAGUGUGAGAAACUCCGAGAGACACUUGAGUGCCUGGAUUUGACUUGUCGUAUGGGAUGUGAGUACGGAUUUGUGUUGGACACAGAUUCUCGUUGUCCAUCUUGUCAGUGCAGAGAUCCUUGUGACAAUAUCCAAUGUCCUGAACAUCAGGAAUGUCGAACUGUUGAUGUCUCUUGCGAUGGGGAAUACUGUCCACCAGUACCCGCAUGCCUACCACGGAAGCCUGGACAGUGUCCGUUCCUCGUGCCUCCUGGAAAUGACGAUGCCUGUGAAUAUGAGUGCAGAUCUGACUCUCAUUGCGAGGGAACAAAACGUUGCUGUUCCAACGGAUGCGGUACGCAAUGUGUGGAGCCUCAGCUAAAGACUGCCUGCCAGCAUCUCCAGUCCAUCCAACUGCAUCAGUCCAUUGAGCUUGGUAUUCCUGCGCGCCAAAAGUACAUUGCUCAGUGCGAUGAGCGCAAUGGUAGCUGGAAGGCGGUUCAAUGUGGACCUGAUGGUGUGUGCUGGUGCGUGGAUAAUUUGGGCAAUGAACGAAGUGGAACCAGAACAAAUAAUUCACAGCCCAAUUGUGAUGGUGAACCAAUGACCGAAUGUCCUUUGUACAAAUGUGUAAAGCAGUGUGAGCAUGGAUUCCUGCUGGACAAUAAGGGAUGUCGCACGUGUGAUUGUCGGGAUCCUUGUUCAGAGAUUCAUUGUCCAAAUUUCGAGCAGUGCAAAUUGGUUCAGGUUGAAUGUGUAGACACUCCCUGUCCAAUGAUGCCAAUCUGCGUUCCACUUAUGGAUAGUGUUUGCGUUGAAGGAGAACCUCUGAAGCAGAAUGGUCAGGAGAUCACAUGUGGACCUCAGUCUUCUGGAGAAUCCUGUCCAUCGACUCAUGUUUGUCAGAUCAAUCCACUGAACAAUAAGGGGGUUUGCUGCGGAAAACAGCGGGACGUCUGUUUUGAGAGCCUGGAACCGGGAUGUUUAGAUACCGAGAAAGAUUCAAAUAAUUCUAGUGCAGUCCAUCGAUGGACUUUCAAUACGCGCCUCAAUAAAUGCGUCUCCAUUAAAUCCACAACGCCUUGUCAGAGCAAGAAUCUCUUCCACAAUGAGAAUGCUUGUAAAGCUGUCUGCCCAGCCCUGACACAGUGUGAACGCCUCCGCUUGAAAAAUUCUCUAGCAGCGAGAAGAACUGGAGGUCAGACACUUUCUUGGUUCCAGCCACGCUGUGAUCCCGAUACUGGCAGUUGGAGCCCUGUACAGUGCCUGGGGAAGCCAGUGUCAGCUGAAGAGCCGAAAGGACGUGCCUUCAGGGUUGACGUUCCCAAUCAGGAUGAUCAGGGCAUUGGGGUAUGUUGGUGUGCAGAUAAAAAGGGUGCACCUCUCAGAGGAUCACUAACCAGAAAUAUUGAACCUGUUUGCAAUCAUCGACAAGCCAGGAGACGAAUGAAUGACGAUGAAAUGCAAGAUCCAGUCAUGGAAGAACUCAUCAGACAGAUGACAAUCAUGGUGGAGGAUAAUCUCGUGGAAGACGAGGUAGAUAUUACGACAGAGAGUCUGCUGAAGCACAUUUCAACCACUUUGGCGCUCAAUGACAAAGUUCUGCACAAAUCCAGCACAUCGAAUCCACGACAGGAACGUCUCUCCAGCACCAGACAAUUAGUAGCAUCUUCCACGAGAUGCGAAGCUCUCAAGCUAAAUGCUCCAUUUCCCGUCUCUUGCGAUGAAGAAGGUGGAUUUGCUCCCACACAAUGUAAUUUAGAUAUUUGCUGGUGUGUUGAUGCUGCUGGAAAUCAAUUACCUCUGUCCAGCACUUUUAAAUCUGGUGCCAAACAGUGUGUCUUCACUCCAAUCGAUCUCGUGGCAAUUGAGCUGCAUCUCAACAAUCCUGAGAGACGAAUGUAUCGCAAUGUCUAUGAGAUUCUUCGGGAUGAACUGACCCAUCUUUUGGGCGAUACCCCUGACAAUCUGCGGGUACAUGAGAAUACAGACGGAAGCAUAAUGGUUAAGUUCGAUCUUACGGGCCCGAGGAAGAUCGAUGAGGCAUUUGCAAUUGAGGAGAUGGUGAAGCAGAGCAAUUUACAGCUUGUUGGCGGUGAACUUCGUCCAGAUAUAACUCUUUCGCGGUUCCUGCACCGAAAUUCACAAAUUCCUGUGCCUCAGCCAGCCUCGGGAAUUCCCGAGACCACCUUUCAAACCAUCGUUUUUAUUAUGGCCACUGCAUCGGCCUUCCUGGUCAGUGUCUUUGUGAUCUUUGUGAUGCUGAAGCGCGGCCGAAGUAAGAACAAACAGUUUCCGGGAGAGAAGUACACAAUGGGCGACAAAUAUUUAGACUACGGAUCGCCAAUAUUCGUAUUAGCUGCUAAAGAUGGUUCAUCCAAAUAAAACCAGCAAGUUCAUCUUCUCAGCAAAAAAAAAACAGCUCAAUGUGUGUGAAAAAAGGACUUUGAAGAAAAAUCAUCAAAUUGUGAAUUUUGUAUAUAUUUGUGAAAUCCCUAUGUAAGACAAUCGAGGUUUAAUGUUGAUACAGAUUAAGUUUAAAAUUAAA